UGACUCCUUCGGGUGCUGUGGAGGAGGUGCUCCUGUCUUCAUCUCCCACCGUAGCUCAACUGGUUAUCUGGCAGCAGAGACCGGCUCUGCCACUUCGUGAGACCCUCCUGAAAGUGCGGCUCUCCAUCGACUCAGAUUCACAGGAGAGAGACCAAGAAGAAGUUGAAAAAGUUGAGAGAUCCUGCUCUGUUGAAAAAGGUAAGGUCACCUGCAGAGAUGUUUUGAUUUACACCUCUUAGAUCUGAAGGCAAAAAUGUGGAUUUGCAUGUUUGAAGACUUUAACUGGUAGUAUAAUGUGGCUGUGUCUCGCAUCUAUUCGUUUCCAUUCAGUCGUGCAGGAAAAGUUAAAACCAGCUGGCUCUUCGAGUUGUUGUCAGGAGAGUUGUGUCGUGUUGCUUCAAGAAAAAACAAGAAAUCAUUUUAAUCACUUGGUUUAACUUUGACUCAUCAAACUGAGUUUCAGAUUGGGAUACAGUUUUCAGAUUCAGCUCACAUUUUGAUAUUGCUCAUUCUUUUCUUUUCUUUUUUUUUAUCAAUAUUCCAUCAACAUUUUACAUAUAUAAAACAAAUUUCCAACUGUAUAUAAGUAUAUCUCCACCGCAGAGCAGAGACAUAGUUAAGUAAAGUUACAGCAGAAUAACUAACGUACAAUGAAACACGUUUCACACCUCUCUUGCAUUGUCUUUUUUCUCCUGUUGGAGGGUAAACAUAAUAAACAUACGAACAAGUUUGUAUUCUGAACCAAGUGGAUCAAUAAUCAACAAUACACAAUGUCUUUACUGCACAGAGUCUGCUCUCAAUCGAGACAAAAAAUCAGCCCAGUUUUCCCAGUCUAUAUAUAUUGAUUAUUACCUCUACCCAAUCCUGUAUUUUUCUGGUGAUGGCCUUUUUAGCCGCCAUCAACAACUCUUGACGUUGUUAUCUCUUCGUUCUCGUCUUCAAAUGUAAGUGGAAGCUGUACUUUCAAAAUGUUUUCCAUACUCUUCUUUAUCUCCUGCCAAGAAGGUAUAAAACCAGAGCAUCCCCAAAAAAUAUGAAAAUGAUUGGCCUUAUUCUCCCCACAUCGUCUCCAACAUUGUGCGUCUCGAGAUUUAUGUUGUUUUGGUGUAAUAAAGUAUCUUACAAUAUUCUUCCGACUAUAUUUUCAUGUUGUUUUCCACUGUACUUCAUUUACAUCCUCUGAUAACACCCUCCCUGCCUCUUUUUCCCAUUUUUACCUCCGCCAAGGAGGUUAUGUUUUCGGUAGCGUUGGUUUGUUUGUUUGUUUGUCUGUGAACAACUUUACGGAGAAAGUUACAGACGGAUUGACCUGAAAUUUUCACCAGAGGUGCGUCUCAGCCCCAGGAGGAUCCCAUUACAUUUUGGUGGUGAUCCGGAUCGCCUUCUGGAUCCAGGAAUUUUUUGAAGGAUUCUUUAUCAUUGUGAGAUAGGGCACAUUUGGGAAUUUUGGCAUUUAACUCUAUAAAAAUGUCCAGAGUCUUUAGUAAAAAAUGACACAAAAGGAUCUCAAUGAGUUUUAUGAGGUGUCAAAGGUUGAUCCUGAUCCAGACAAAAUUCUGGAUACUGUGAUCCAGAACACACAAAAAUAAGGGUGUCGUUGGAAUUUUCAAUGCUGAAAGAUAACCAAUGGGCGGCACAGUGGUGUAGUGGUUAGCACUGUCGCCUCACAGCAAGAAGGUCCUGGGUUUGAAUCCGGGUCAGGGCAUUUCUUGUUUUGGGAACAUUAUGAACAGUGAACAUACCAGUUUAAACACAAAUAAAAGUUAAUAAAAGACACGUAACAGUAAAUGUUUUGGUGUGAAUCACAAUAUAAGGGGGGACAUAAGCUGCUUGGCGGAGGUCUGCGCUCUCCGUGUGCUUUUCUAGUUCUUUUAUAUAUGUCGUAUUGUUGCCCUUUAAUCUUUCGACUUCUCUACAUCGUUUUGAGAUUGCUCCUUAUUUUCACGUAUCAUUCUACUACAAAGCCAUCCAGUUUCGUCGGUAUAUCACGCUCAUGCGGUUAUUGUUUUUGUUUUAGUCUUGACUGUUUCUGCACUCCAUGGAACUUGGCAUGGCCUGGCCCAUAACCCAGGUGGACUCUCAUCCUGGUGGAGAAGGGACCAUGAACAAAAACACCAUCGAAGACCACCACUACGAGGGCUCCCUGUUCCCCACCUCCACCCUCAUCCCCGUCACCGUCAUCUGCAUCCUCAUCUUCGUCAUCGGGGUGACGGGCAACACCAUGACCAUCCUCAUCAUCCAGCACUUCAAGGACAUGAAGACCACCACCAACCUCUACCUGUCCAGCAUGGCGGUGUCUGACCUCAUCAUCUUCCUCUGCUUGCCCUUUGACCUCUACCGCCUAUGGAAGUACGUUCCCUGGCUGUUCGGGGAGGCGGUGUGUCGCUUCUAUCACUACAUCUUCGAAGGCUGUACCUCGGCAACCAUCCUCCACAUCACGGCCUUGAGCAUCGAACGCUACCUGGCCAUCAGCUUCCCCCUCAGAAGUAAGGUGCUGUUGACCAGGAGCAGGGUCCAGUACAUCAUCAUCGCCCUGUGGGGCUUCGCUCUGGUCUCUGCGGCUCCCACGCUCUUCCUGGUUGGAGUAGAGUACGACAACGACACGCACCCGGACUACAAUUCGGGGCAGUGCAAACACACCAGCCAAGCGAUCAGCUCCGGACAGCUGCACAUCAUGCUGUGGGUGUCCACCACCUACUUCUUCUGCCCCAUGCUCUGCCUCAUCUUCCUCUACGGAUCCAUCGGGUGCAAGUUGUGGAAAAGCAAAAACGAUCUGCAAGGCUCCUGCGCUCUGGCCAGGGAGAGAUCCCACAGACAAACCGUGAAGAUUCUGGGUGAGCGGCUUGUUUGUGUUUUUAUUACAAAACAGUCAAAAACUGAUGAGCAGGUCUACUAAAAAAAGUGCAAAUUUUAAUCGUUGUGUUUUCCCAAAGAGUAGAACUAUUUUCAAGGCAAGGCUAGUUUGUUAGUAUAGCAUCAUUCACACACAAGGCAAUAGACCUUUUUCACAGUACGCUCGGGACUCGUUUUUUUGAAAGGUAAUGUAAAUUUUUAUGCUUUGUGCUGUUUAACUAACUCCUGUUCUUCAUAAUACUGUCCGGAUUUUGUACUUUACUUUCACGAGCUUGUUAAUAUAAAAGUCGUGAGCUUGUUAAUAUCGUGAAAAACGAAUGACCGUCUAUGGGCGAUGCUAAGUGGCUCCACCACACGCUAACACCGGAAGUGAGCAGAAUGUUCACUUCCGCGUACUGUGAAAAAGGACUAUUCAAAGUGCUUUACAGAUGCAAGGAAAUACAAAAAAAAAUUAAAAAGGAGAGAUUAAAACAAUUUAAAAUAAAAAAGACAAAGAUAAUUUUUUUUCAUCUGUUCAAUGUUUGCCCUAAACAUCAUGAAAACCAUCGAUUUCCAGAAAAACAAAAUAAGUCACAAGCUUUAGGAUCUGGGGCUCCCCAGGUGGUAAUUAGUUUUCUCUUCGUCUGACGGUUUUAGUUGUACUAGUUUGUUUUGGUUUUUUUUGCCUAUCUUGGACGAUGUUUGCUUUCUUUUUGUCUAUCUCGGACAGUUUUAGUUGUACUCAUUUUCUCUUGGUCUAUCUUGGAUGGUAUUCGUUUUCUCUUUGUCUAUCUCGCACAAUCUCAGUUUUUUCUUCAUCUGUCUUGGACGGUUUUAGCUGUACUUGUUUUCUCUUCGUCUUUCUUGGACGGUUAAAGUUGUACUUUUUCUCUUCGUCUAUCUCAGAUGGUAUUAGUUUUUUCUUCAUCUAUCUCGGAAGAUAUUAAUUUUCUCUGUCUAUCUUGGACAAUAUUGGUUUUCUCUACGUCUAUCUCGGACGGUAUUCGUUGUACUGGUUUUCUCUUUGUCUAUCUCGGCCGAUGUUAGUUUUCUCUUUGUCUAUUUUAGACGGUUUUAGUUUUCUCUUUGUCUAUCUCAGACAAUCUUAGUUUUUUCUUUGUCUGUCUCGAACAGUUUCAGCUGUACUUGUUUUCUCUUUUUCUAUCUCAGAUGGUUAUAAUUGUACUUUUUCUCUUCGUCCGUCUUAGACGCUAUUAGUUUUUUCUUCGUCUAUCUCUGACGGUGUUAUUUUUCUCUUCAUCUAUCUCGGAAGCUAUUUGUUUUCUCUUUGUCUAUCUUUGAUGGUAUUCAUUUUCUCUUCGUCUAUCUCGAACAGUAUUCGUCUCUCUCUUCGUCUAUCUCAGACGGUAUUUGUUUUCCCUUCAUCUACCUCGGCAAUAUUAGUUGGACUAGUUUUUUUUUUUUGUCUAUCUUGGACGAUAUUACUUCUCUCUUCAUCUGUCUCAGACGGUAUUAGUUUUUCUUUGUCUAUCUCAGAUGCUACUAGUUGUACUAGUUUUCUAAUUGUCUAUCUUGGAUGGUAUUUGUUUUCUCUUUGUCUAUCUCAGACGGUAUCAAGAAUGAUGCGCUCUGUUUCCACUUUCUUUCUGUUUUCAACCAUAAAUGAUAAUGGUUGAAUAUUUACAGACAGGAGUGGUAAUCAUUAGAUAUCUCUGAGUUUUAAAUGUCCAGAUUUUGGCUUUUUUCUGUGUUAGCUUUUCUAGUUUCAGAUAUAUUUAAAAAACUGAUUCAUGCUCCAUUAAAAUACUUCACCCUCUCUCUUAAGUCCAGCUGCCUUCUUUCUUGUUUUCUUGUUUUCAAAGAGAAAGCUGGUGCGCUGGUGUUGAUAUCUUUUUUUUGUUUGUUUCGUCUGAGCCCAAUCACGUCAUGCCUCUGCUCAUUCUGAUUGGUUUAUUUUGCAGCUCUGGAGCAGUUUGCAGGAAACCCAGUUUUACAGUAAAAGACCAUGCAUGUCCAAUCUCUCUAUUAACCAAAUAUUUAAUCAUGGAGCACCCAUUAGGAUACUAGAACCGUUCAUUAGCUGAACACACAUUGCACAGAGCUCAUGUUGUCAGACUUGCAUCCAUAUUUGUUGAAUCCCAAAUUGGAUUGUCAUUGUCAUCGCCAUAAAUCAGACCUAAUGGAAAUUUGCAUGCUUCCAGAGUCCUUUUUAAUCUCCUCCUGUCACACGCGCACGUCUCACAACUCUCUCAAUGAUUGCUGUUCUCCUUCUCGACACAAUCCGUUCUGUGAAUCACCGUCCACUCUCCGUAGGUGUUCAAUUUAAAGCUAACUGUUAUGUGUCCCAGCAGCACCUUUCUUUUAAUUACUACAUUGACAUUUAUAACCCUUACUGAAUCACUGCCUCCAUCAGACGAGCUGAUGGUGUUUGUAUCUGUAGGGGCUUCUUAAUCAAUAUCAGUGACUCAGUGAUUACCUCAGCGGGCACCAGAUAUUCACUGUAUUAAUAAGGAAAAUUAAAGCUUUCUCUUUCUUCUGAUCAAUAUUUUUUUUUCUCUACACCUUUUCCUGCUGCAUAUACGCUCUCAUUAGCUCAUCUACCUGCCUGCCAUGAAAGUGUAAUUUUACUGUCGGAGCCAAUUACAGGCCACCGCCACAAGAGAGGUAGAGUGAGCGAGAGUAAGUGUGUGUGUGUGUGUGUGUGUGUGUUUGUGCGUGGGCUUAAAGAGAAGUUCGGUGGUCAUGAAUCGCUGCUGGUCAUUAAUAAAUGUCAAAUGUGACCUCAGACCAUAGAUCACGGGUUUCUUAAAGAGCCUGGAAUACAACAUUAUAAUCAGUCUCUCAUUGCCAAAGAGCCCCAGCAUGAAUAAGGUGUUAUCCAGCAGCCUGUGUGUAUGGAUUAAACAGGUUAUUUCCCCGGUGAGAUUUUUCAUAUAUGCGCAUUGAUCGUCACGCCGGGUUGAACAGAGAGGUGCAGUAAUUAGUUUAAAACGAACGCCUGGAGAGAACAAUACACUAAAUAAGGUCGCUUCAGAUCUAGUCCUCGUUAAUCUGGUUUUCAUAGCAGCAAAAUUAAUCCAUGAUGGAGAAUUUGAUUUAAUUUACAAAAAGUAAAAUAUUAAACUUUUGUAUGGAGGUUUUGAGUUUGUGUCGCAUGGACUUAAGGAGUUAGAGGUGCUUAAAAAACACUUAAUCCGAUAAAAACUCAAAAUUUAGUACGUGCGACUCUGUGAUUCUGCCGCCCACAUGGUCGUGUCCUCUUUUUGGGGAUUCAGAAUAUGGUCACCCUACUUAAACUCCUUCCUUUACAUUCUUAAAUUCAGCUCACAAUCAGUCAUCAGCCCAUGCUCCAUCUGUUUACAUGAGGAAGGUGAUUUAUGUCCUAUACUGCAGCCAGUCAGUAGGGGGAGCUCUACUGAUCUUGGCUUCACAGUCAGUUGAAACUUAUUACAUCCACAUUAAAAAAACAGUCUUUGGUUGAAUUCAUCAAAAGUAUGUAAAAACAAAAUAGAAGUGUGUCCAACAAAAGAGGGUUAGGGCCACAAGAAGAGAAAAAAAAUAAUUACAGGAGGGAGAUUUUUUAGUCGAUUUUAAUCUUGAAAUUUCAACUUUAAUCUAAAAUUUAAAUUUUUUGGUCUCCUAAUUUCGACAUUAUUCAUGAUGUUUCAACAUCUUGUAAUCUCAAAAUUUCGUCUUAAUCUCAAAAUAUUCAAUCUCAAAAUUUUGACUUCAUUGAUUAAUCUUGAAAUUUUGACUUAAAUCUCAAAAUUUUAUGUUUUUUGGUCUCCAAAUUAAGACAUUAUUCACAACAUUUCGACAUUUUGUAAUCUCCAAGUUUCGACUUUUAUCUCAAUAUUUUUGAUCACAAAAUUUCGACUUUAUUCAUGUCGACUUUUUUCUUGAAAUAUCGACUUUAAUCUCAAAUUUAAAAUUUUUUAAGUCUCCAAAUUUCGACUUUAGUCACGACAUUUCGACGUUUAGUAAUCUCCAAAUUUCUCAAUAUCUUUAAUUGUGAAAUUUCGACUUUAAUCAUGUCCACUUAAACCUCAAAAUUUCGCCUUUUUUCCCAAAUUUCGCCUUUUUUAGUCUCCAAAUUUCUUCAUUAUUCACAACAUUUCAACAUUUUUAAUCACGAAAUUUCAACUAACCUUGAAAUAUUUAACCUCAAAAUUUCAGCUUUAUUCAUGUCGAUUUUAAUCUUGAAAUUUCGACUUUAAUCUCCUUCCUGUAAUAUUUUUUUCUCUUCGUGUGGCCCUAAUCCUCUUUCAGAGCGUCAGGUUGUGUCUUUGAAUAAGUGUUAUUUUUUGAACCUCAUUUUUUGGAACUGAACCUCAUCUCUUCCUCCUCCUCUGAUUGCUCCUUCAGUAGUCGUGGUGCUCGCCUUCAUCAUCUGCUGGCUGCCCUAUCACAUUGGCAGGAACCUCUUUGCGCAGGUGGACGACUACAACACGGCCAUGCUGAGUCAGAACUUCAACAUGGCCUCCAUGGUGCUCUGCUACCUCAGCGCCUCCAUCAACCCCGUCGUCUACAACCUCAUGUCUCGGAAGUACCGGGCCGCAGCCAAACGCCUCUUCCUGCUGCACCAGCGACCCAGACAAGCCCACCGAGGCCACAGACAGCUCACUGAGCUCAGCCACAUCUCCACUCUGAAUGAAAGCCUGACGGAGGUCUGA